AUGUCUAAGCAUUACACCCAGGAACUUGGGGUGUACACCGAGGAAGAGGCCACUCAUCUCAGGGAGAGUGAACACAGGCGAUCAGCCAGGGAGCAAAGCCGGACCUCGGACCUGCUGGAGUACAAAGGAUGUUGUGCCAAGCGCCGCAUCUGUACGGUUCGCUGUCGGAGGUUUCUCGUCUCACUAAUUGAAGAGGACUGGAUCUUCCUCAUUCUGCUGGGGUUCCUCGUGGCCCUUGUGAGCUGGGUGGUAGAUUUAGGGAUUCACAUGUGCUUCAAAGGACAAAAGUGGCUGUACGAGGCUGUGGACAGCAACGUGUUCCUGCAGUAUCUGGCCUGGGUCACCUACCCUGUAGUCCUGAUCACCUUUGCUGCCGGCUUCAUUAAGAUCCUCGCCCCACAUGCUGUUGGCUCUGGUGUUCCAGAGAUGAGGACAAUCAUGCGGGGAGUGGUGCUGAAGGAACAUCUCAGCUUUAAAACUUUUGUGGCCAAAUUCAUUGGCAUCAUCUUUGUUCUGGGCAGUGGCAUGCCUCUGGGCAAAGAGAGUCCUUUUGUCCACAUAGCCGGUUUGUGCGCUGCUCUCCUCAGCAGGUUAACCUCUCGGUUUGGAGGAAUCCAUGAGAAUGAGUCAAGGAACACUGAGAUGCUGGCAGCUGCUUGUGCUGUGGGAGUGAGCAGCUGUUUUGCUUCUCCAGUCGGAGGAGUGUUGUUUAGCAUCGAAGUAACAUCCAUGUUCUUUGCUGUGAGGAACUACUGGAGAGGUUUCCUUUCAGCUACCAUCAGUGCCUUCUUCUACAGAAUUCUGGCUGUUUGGAACAAAGAUGAAGAGACCGUCACAGCUCUUUAUAGAACUGGUUUCAGCAACCACUUUCCUUUUGACCUCCGGGAGCUUCCUGCCUUCGCUGUUGUAGGUAUUGCCAGUGGAUUUGGUGGAGCUUUGUUUAUCUACCUGAACCGUGUAAUUGUCCAGUUCCUAAGAAAACAGAACACCAUCAUAAAAUUUGUCAUGAAAAAACGCCUGCUGUAUCCAGCUCUGGUCACUUUACUCAUUUCAACACUUACAUUUCCCCCUGGCUUUGGACAGUUUAUGGCUGGAAAGCUGACCCAGGAGGAGUCUUUGGCAACGUUGCUGGACAACCAGACGUGGUCCACGCAGGGCAUCGCUGAGGACUAUAUUGGAAGUGUCUGGAAACCCCCAGAAGUCAGCGUCUUUGUCACGCUGAGCCUCUUCGUUGUCAUGAAGUUCUGUAUGUCUUCCCUGGCCAUCACCAUGCCAAUACCAUGUGGAGCCUUCGUUCCUGCAUUUGUCAUUG